AUGUUGGUGCUUCUGAUUGGUCUCGCACUGCUGCUCCAAGCGAACUCGAUUGCAGGACAGGGCUAUCAAGUAUAUGGAUCCGGCGAUGUACAGGUUAUUUAUCCAUCGUCGGCGCAGGUUCAGGUUUUUGGUGGCAGACCUUUUCGUCGCGGUUUGUGGAAUAUUGUGAGGAAUUUCACGAUCACUGCAAACGCCACAAGCCAGGAUGACCAACUUGUCAGUCUAUUGGGCAACGGAAAUAUAGCACUCUCAGGUAGCCAGAAUGCCGGAAACGGAAAUGGUCCUCUGCGGGCUCUUCUGAGAACUCUGUUCGGUCGUCAGCCCAAUGUCCAAUUUGUGAACCUGAGUGGCAGAGCCUUCAACGAUCGCCCCCAGGGGUUGCAGUACUGGAAAGGCGUUCCGCCCUAUACCGGUUCAGUGCUUUUGCCCCGGACACGGGUUAAGGCUGUGGGACAAAGUAUGCCUCGCCGGAUUUUGGUACGGAACCUCAAGACAAGCCAAUCCCAAAUGACCAAUGUGGUGACAUACAGAAUUCCCGUUUUGGAGAACGACUGGCAGUACGAUACCACAUAUGCGGAAUAA